CAUCCUUAGCUUCUCUUCUCUCCCCCCACCUGCUAGAAAUCUCUCUCCUUCUAUAAAUUUCAUUGUUAUCGGACCCUAUGAUUCAGACUGCUUUGCAACCCUCGUCUGGCUGCCAUUUCUCUUUUUUUUCCUUGCACAAAAAAGUUUUUUUUCUGGGUUGUUUCUGCUUCCAUGAAAAGUUUUCAGCUAUCUUGUUUUUGAAAGUUCUUUGGGCAUAAAAGAUUAGAUUCAUAUACACACCGUCUCCUGGUGACCAUGACUGUCUCCCGUGUGGCCUCUGAUGCCACUGAAUCAACACCGCUUCUGAAUGGCUCACCAUCCCAGCCGAUUUACACACACACGCACGAUGCUGGAAAAAACGGGGCUGAUUCAAACUUAUUAUCCUCUUCCUUCACCGCCGAAGACAGCUCCGCCUUUCUCGGCCUGACCAGAGUCACCUCAAUUCCCCAAGGGCCUGAUAUUGAGCCUACCCUAGAAACAAUUCCUCCAGCACCCGAAGAUGAUAUCAAAGACAACGAUGAUCCGGAAGCGGGUCAGAGACAAGAAGCUGAUGAUUAUGCCUCUCGCUUCAUCAACGUGUCUCCCAUGCGAUUCUGGCUCAUCUUCGGUGGAGUAUUGAUGGGGUACACCAUCGGAUUCUUUGAUUCCACCCUGAUGGCUUCCAGCCACCCGGUCAUCACGUCUCACUUCCAUGCCUCGAACUCGGCAUCAUGGCUCUCGACGGCGUUCUUGUUAACAUCCACGGCUUUUCUACCGCUAUUUGGCCGCAUCUCCGACACCGUGGGCAGGAAGCCCGUCUACCUCUUUGCCAUCGCGGUUUUCUUCGUUACCACGGCGUGGUGUGCGGCGGCCCAGAGUAUGCUGAGUUUCAUCGCCGCUCGUGCGUUCUGCGGCAUGGGCGCCGGUGGCGUCUUUUCUAUGGGAAUGAUCCUGUCUAGUGAUCUGGUUCGCCUGGAGUACCGAGGAGUCUACCAGUCCUACGUUAACCUCUGUCUUGGUCUGGGAGGCUUCCUCGGCCUUGCGUUCGGCGGUUAUCUAUGUGACCAAGUAGGCUGGAGAGGUGCAUUCUUGGUACAACUACCCUUCAUCUUCAUUUACUUCAUUGUAGCCGCCUGGACGGUGCCUGCCGACCUGGGGAGGAAACGAGCCAAGACGGAGCGUCUGACCUUCAUGGGCUUGCUCAGGAACAUUGACCUUGUGGGAUCAUUGCUUUUGGUGCUCGCGGUCACGGCACUCAUUAUGGGACUCAACCUGGGCGGCAAUAUCUUCAGCUGGACUCAUCCUAUUGUCGUCUCCUCGCUGGUAUCUUUCGUGGUUUUCGCGGUUUUGUUUGUCCGCUAUGAACGUACUGUGGAGCGGGGAGUCAUGCCGAUUUCGCUGCUGCUGAAGGAGCCGCGUGCCAGUCUCAUUUUCGGGAACUUCUUCGGCGCGAUCUCGGUCAAUACCAUGGUCUUCAACGCUCCCCUGUACUUCCAGGCAGUCAAGCUGGCCUCGCCUACAGACUCUGGUCUCAGGCUACUUGCUUCUACGCUUGCAGUGACGACUUCUAGUGUAGCGACCGGGUUCUUGAUCACGCGGACCAAGCAACUGAAGCCGACGGUGAUGAUUGGCGACAUUUGUAUGCUUAUCGGAGGUAUAGCGGCCACCACCAUGGGGGUUGGGACUCCGGAUGUGAUUGCCAUGUUGUGCGUGGCCUUGACGAGUCUGGGACAGGGGUUCGCGUUCCCUUCGCUGAUGGUCUCGGUGCUCGCAACCUCCGAGCAAGAGGACCAGGCCGUGGCUACGACGACGCUAGGGCUGUGGCGCAAUCUCGGAUCUGUUAUGGGCGUGGCAACGAGCAGCUGGAUUUUUCAGAACAGCCUGCUGUACGAGCUCGACGAAAGGGUUACUGGCACCAACAAGGCCGACAUCAUUCUACUUGUCCGCAAGUCUGUGCAAGCCAUCGCCAAGCUGGACCCCCUCAGUCAACACCAAGUGAUCGGGGCAUAUGCCGCCGCACUUCAAGUGACGUUCUUCUCCGCUGCCGUGUGGGCUGCACUCAUGCUUCUGCUUCAUCUCCGGGUACGCCUGCCCAGGCUAGGAAGCAAGGCAUAAGCGAUCCAUCGAGAUUCCAGCCUGGAUGAUCGGUGCGGUGAAGUGGUGUGCGAAGACUGAUUCUUCGCUGAUGACGAACGAGUAGAUCCAGCCGUUCACUACUGCUGGCCGUGACUG